AGAAGGCGAAUGUUCCCCCAGCUGUUUCCUGUCUACAGUGUCUGUGUCUUGUAGAUAAAUGUGAGGAUUUUCUCUAAAUCCCUCUUCUGCUUGCUAAAUCUCACUGUCCCUGCUAAAUCCAGAGCAGAUAGAGCCUGCGCAAUGGAAUAAAGUCCUCAAAAUUGAAAUGUGACAUUGCUCUAACAUCUCCCAUCUCUCUGGAUUUCUUUUUGCCUCAUUAUUCCUGCUCACCAAUUCAUUUCCAGACUUUGUACUUCCGAAGCAAUGGGAAAAAUCAGCAGUCUUCCAACUCAAUUAUUUAAGUGCUGCCUCUGUGAUUUCUUGAAGAUAAAGAUGCACAGCACAUCGUCUUCACAUCUCUUCUACCUGGCGCUCUGCUUGCUCACCUUCACCAGCUCCGCCACAGCUGGACCAGAGACCCUUUGCGGGGCUGAGCUGGUGGAUGCUCUUCAGUUCGUGUGCGGACCAAGGGGCUUUUACUUCAACAAGCCCACAGGCUAUGGCUCCAGCACUCGGAGGGCACCCCAGACAGGCAUUGUAGACGAGUGCUGCUUCCGGAGCUGUGACCUGCGAAGGCUGGAGAUGUACUGUGCCCCGCUCAAGCCCACCAAGUCAGCCCGCUCCAUCCGUGCCCAGCGCCACACCGACAUGCCCAAGACCCAGAAGGAAGUACACUUGAAGAACGCAAGUAGAGGGACUGCAGCAAACAAGAACUACAGAAUGUAGGAGGGGCCUCCAGAGCAGCGGAGAAUGUCAGCGCAGGACCCUUCGCUUUGGAGGCACAACCUGCGGCACAUGGAAACACCUACCAAAAAAGAAUAAUAAGAAGUUCAAUAACAUUUCAAAGAUGGGCAUUUCCCCCAAUGAAAUAUACAAGUAAACAUUCCAACAUUG